UAUAAACUAAAUAACAUUUUUUUCUCCUCAGAGCUAUCGGAUGCUGACUGGUUAUUUUUGAAAAAUUUCGUUAACGCCUUCGAACCAGUUUACGAGCUGACAAAAACAUUGCAAAAAAAGCACGUUCCGUUGAACGAGUUUUACUUGCAAUGGUUAAGAACAAUUUACGAAGUCGAAAAAAUUGACAGUCCAUAUGCGAAGCCGUUAUCACAAGCAUUGAAGGAUCGGCUUAAGAAGCUAACUGAAAGCAUUGGCUUCAAAGCAUCAAUAUACAUGGACCCACGACUAAACUUCCCCGGAUCAACGGUUUUCACGACAGGAGAUGAAAAAGAAUCAGUGCAGAACUUUCUCAAAACCCUAUGGCUUCGACUGAAAUCAAUCAAGGAGGCUGCCCCUUCUACAUCAGGAGGUGGUUCAUCAGCUGACCAAACUUCCUCUGCAUCUUUGGAUCAAUCAGCAAGUCAGGACGACAUGGACAGUUUCAUCACUGAGAUGUUUGGAGGGUCGUCAUCAUUUGCAUGCGAAACAUCUUCAUUCCAUAAGCAGCUACGACAGUUGGAAGCAGAACCCCGACAGCCAUUCAACUAUGAUCCUUGGAACCACUGGAGAGCACGUAAGAGCACACAUCCAGAGCUCUAUGAGUUGGCGAUGGUUAUACUAGCGGCUCCCUCAACCCAAGUGUCGGUAGAAAGGGCGUUUAGCGCUUUAAAUCUAGUAUUUUCUGAUCUUCGAUGUGGACUCUCUGAUGAAGUCUUGCAGAAUAUCCUGCUCAUAAAAUUGAACGGUGAUGUCUUCGACAAAAUUCUGCACCAUCUCUACGACUGGAAGGCAAUUUCUAUGGACUCGUUGUAGCGUAGGAGGCGUACUUGAUAAACUGAAUUCGUUUAUUUUUCUUGAACUUUUUUUUUAUAUAUGUAAGCCGGCCAUACUUCCGGUUCUACAGUGGAAAACGCCCUAGUUAAUCUUCACAAAUGAAGUUGUGUUUGUUACUCUCUACGAUA